AUGCAACCCACGCCACAAGGCUGCGGCGAAGACUGCAAGAGCGUUCCUCCGCCCAAACCCAGGAGGAACCCCAACACCCAGCUGAGCACCUCCUUCGAUGAUUCCUGCAUCAGGAAGCACAUUGGCUCCAAGAGUCACUCCCCUUCUGGCGAGCGCGAGCGCAACCCCUCGCCGCCGAGCGACGAGAGCCCCAGCCACCACUCCGACUCGGAUGAGCCUGUCUACAUCGAGAUGGGCGCCAGUGUUGGGGGCGGCGGGCACACAGAGGCACCCAAGAGUGAGGACGAGGAGCCGGGAGAAUCUGUGUACGAGGAGAUGAAGUACCCUCUCCUGGAUGAAAUGGACUACUGCUGGGCUCCCCUGGGGUGCCGCUCUGCCUGCCCCACCCCGGCACCACUGGACCCUGAGCCCCUCAGCCGCUGCUCCACCCCGCGUAACAUCCCCCUCUGCGACAUCCCUGCGCCGUUCCCCAACUUGCUCACCCACCGGCCGCCCCUCCUGGUGUUCCCCCCAGCGCCGGCCCAGUGCUCGCCAAACUCGGACGAGUCCCCGCUCACCCCUCUGGAUCCCCUGACGACGCUGUCCAUGAUGGACAACCCCUGCGCCUACAACAAGUCGCCCACCUCCUCUUCCGAGCCCCCCUUGGCGCACCUCCGCAGGGAGCUGACAGCCACGCCCACCCUGACCGUGUCGGGACGCUCGUCGGCUCCACCCCUGCCCUGCACCCUCUACAAGUCCUCAGCCUCCUCAGCCCACGGCUAUCAGCGCAGCCACUCAGCCUGCCCCUCUCCCGUCAGCAUGGGCCGCUGCCUCACGCCGCUUAGCCUGAUGCGCACACCGCCCUUCGACGCCCCCAUGCCCUUCCCGGGCGGGCUGCCACGCAGCGCCUCCACCACGCCCCAUGGAAAGGGCUCGCCCCCACAGGACUGCGUGGCUGGGGGCAGACUGCAUGGGUCGAUGCAGAAUGUGUCCACGGGACGCUCACGCACACCGACUAGCCCCCUGGACGAGCUGACCAACCUGUUCACCGCCGGCAGGAACAUGAUGAAGAAGAACACCGGCGGCAGGAAGUCCAAGGAGCCCGGGGAGACCCCAUAUGGCUCAUAA